AAUGCUGAGGAGUACUCAGAUCUGCCUGUGAGACACAAUGAAGAUCAGAUGAACAGUGAACUGGCAAAACAUCUUCCAAUUGAAGUCAACCCCCAUUCGUUUGACAGUUCACACACAAAAACACACCUUCUGCUGCAAGCCCACUUCAGUCAUGCCAUGCUGCCUUGUCCAGAUUAUGCAACCGAUACAAAGACAGUGCUGGACCAAGCAAUUAGAAUAUGCCAGGCAAUGCUGGAUGUUGCAGCACAUCAUGGCUGGCUGGUGACUGCUCUGAAUAUAACCAAUCUGGUGCAGAUGGUGGUUCAGGGUAGAUGGAUACAUGACUCUUCCCUGCUUACUUUGCCCAAUAUAGAGCUACAUCACCUUUACCUUUUUCGGAGGUGGAGCCAGGGCAAAAAGAAGAGUGUGCCUGGAGGUUACCAAGGACCUAUCGAGUGUCUUCCCGAACUAAUGGCUGCCUGCGAAGGAAAAGAGAAUGUUUUUGCUUCCAUUGUGGACAGUGAAUUGCAAACAGCACAGAUUUCACAGGCUUGGAAUUUCUUGUGCCGUUUGCCAAUUGUAAACGUCAGCCUGAGCAUUAAGGGCUGUUGGGAUGACCCGGUUCAGCCACAGAAUGAAGUGCCUGUUCCUUCUUUGACAACUGACACGCGAGAUGACCAGAGAUGGAUCAAAUUGCACGCUGAUCAAGAGUAUGUGCUCCAAAUAAACCUGCAGAGAACCCAGAUGGGGUAUCAGGGAAAGCAAGACAGUAAAGCAGUGGCUCCUCGAUUCCCCAAAGUUAAAGAUGAAGGAUGGUUUUUGAUAUUGGGAGAAGUCGAUAAAAAAGAACUCAUCGCCCUGAAGAGAACCGGAUAUGUCAGAAAUCGAAAUACUAUUUCUGUUGCUUUUUAUACUCCAGAAACUCCUGGAAAGUGUAUCUACACCUUGUAUCUCAUGAGUGACAGUUACCUUGGAAUGGACCAACAGUACGACAUUUACCUGAACAUUAUACCAGCUCGUAGUUCAGCACAAGUCACAACAGAGGUGUCUGAUGCCACGAGUCACCUGGCUCCUAAGUAAGGUGAUCUGAAAAGUCCAUUCAAAGGAACUGAUCUUGCAGCUAAGACAUCUGGUCAUUCUGGACAUCCAAAAAUGCGUUUGCCUUAGUGGAACCAACUUCAAACCUCAACACAACUAGGCAGUUGAAAGUGACUACUGUAUUGACUCUGGUAACACAGAGUUAGCCACAGUGGCCUUACUCCUUUAUGAAGAUUUGUCUUUUCUUGUUUCAUCUUUCUUCUUUCAGAAGUCAUAUU